UUUGAGCAAACCAACAUUGCCAGGCCCAGCCACCUCCUUGGCUGCAGCCACUUGCAGUGAUGAAGCGCAAAUCACGGCGCCGCAAGGCCCCGUGUCCAGCAGCGCUGCCAGAGGAGAACGAGCCCUCCUGUGCGCCUCCCCAGUGCAAGAGGCAGCAGGACGGCCCUGGUGAGGAAGGUGAGUGCACAGCAUCCCGCUGGGACCCUGCCAGAGGGGACUGUGGACGCAAGCACCAUAGGAAGGUGGUUGCGUCUCUCCCCCAUCCCGCUCCCAGCAUUACACUGGGACCCCGUCACAGUGCAGGGGGUGAUGCUGCUGCCCCCCCUGCAGUGUGCGGGUUCUGCCGGCGGGCCGAUUGCAACCCCGAGGUGGUGGGACAGCUUUGCCGUCAGGGUGGUUUCUGCGUGCAUGAAAAUUGCCUGUACCACGCCAGCAGGCUGCAACAGAGAGGGGCCGAUGAAGAGGGCUUCUACGGCUUCCUCUUCCCUGACAUCAAGGAGGAGCUGAAGCGGGUGGCACAGAAGGUGGGGCCUGAGGGCAUCACGGUCUGCAUUCCCUAUGUCCAGCACUGCACAGGCCAGCAAUCCCCCAGGGAUGCUCUGGCAGCUGGCUGCAAGCAACCGCCCAGAUGCCCCUUGAUCCAAAAAGUCCUCUUUUCUGGAAACUGGGACUGGGAGAGACAAAGUGGAUUUAUCAGUGGUCCGGUGUCACUGGAACGUGGUGGGGUUGUGCUGGAUGAGGGCAAACAGGAAUCCCCAGGGGCAUGGCUCCAGAGAAGGGCAAUUGUGGAGUUUCACGACAGGGACUCAAGUUGA